UUCGCGGGCCUUUAUGUAAUUUGCGCUCGGGUUCAUUGAAUCGUCCUUAGCUUUUGUUUAUGGUGCGCUAGGGUAUGUCUGCAACGAUUGAAAACUUUCUGAAGAAAACCGCCACAGCAGACAUGCAGGAGUGGCCCCGGGAUGCCGUGCUGUACCAACCGUACGAGGAGGAACAGAUUCUGCUGGCCGAGAAUGCAAGCUGUCUGGCGGUGCGCACGUACUUCAAGAUGCUAAAGCUUCCGGUUGCACUCGAGCAGCGCGCCAAUGCCGAGUUCAUCUCACCCGGUGGCAAGCGCACCAAACUACCGGUACUACGGGUGGAGAACUUCAUCUACGCCGAAUUUGACCACAUCGUAACGUUUGUGGAGCAAAACUUUGGCAAAUCGAUGAGCGAAUUUCUGUCACAGGAUGACAAGGAUACGAUGCGAACGUCCAUCUGUUUGGCGGAACACAUUCUGACCAACGCCGAGCAUUACGUGAGCUGGUCGCUGAAAGAGGUUCGCGACACCGUGACAAAGCAGCGCAACGGGUGUGUGUACCCGUUUCCGCUCAACUACGUACAGAACUGGCGCAAAGAGAACGCCAUCCAGCGUCAGCUGAAGAGGACGGAAUUCCACGAUGCUGACCUGGCGAAGGUAGUGGACGUCGUUCACCAUUUGCUGACCGAUCUGAGCGGACGUUUAGGUGACAAAAAGUACUUUUUCGGCGAUCGCCCCACAGAACUGGAUGCCCUCGUGUUUGGCCAUCUGUACAGCAUCAUCACCAUGCCGCUACCGAACAGUGUGCUCGCAGAAAACGUUUCCCUUCACGACAAUCUAGUUCAGUUUUGCAAAAACAUCGAUCGCGCAUACUUCUCGGUGAAAUGAAGCAUCGUGAUCUACAGCGCCACCCGUUGAUCUUUGUGUUACAAAUUCUUAAGCUUGAAUAUUAA